GUGACAAAUAUGGCCGCGGUAAUGUUUUGGUUGUCUGAACACACUUGCGGUUGAAACCUGCGUAAUAUUUUCCGAGUUGUGAGCACAUCCACGCUGUGGUGAAACGUGUGUUUAAUAGCAACCUCAGAAAACUGGUGACGUGUACUGUUGCUGUAAAAACGACAACAUAAACCUAAAAUGUCCUCCAAGCUGUGCCUGUGCGUGAUAUUGCUGCUACCUCUGUUAUGCCGAGCGAAGGGAGGUAUGCCCCUUACUCGUGAUGCGGGAAUUCAGCAUUGCGGGGCUUGUGGUGGAUACUGUGCUAAGGAAUGCAAGCAUUUCACACCCUCGACCGAGUGCGGAUGUCCGGAUCCUGACAUGACUUGUUGCAGUGGUGAUGGAUUUGGCGGAAACUUGUGUAAAGAAGAAUGCGGUGGAAAAUGUCAGAUUGCAGGAUGUGGGAAAAACGAGGUGAAAUCGUCCAAAAUUGAAUGCAAUGUCGACUGUAGGAAACUACCAAUCGCAGAUGUAGAGGUCAUGUGUUGCGUGCCCAUGCCCGACUAUGAUGAUUUGUAACUGAAGUGUUGACAUUUACGGAAAAACCAGUGAAGUUGACUUCCAAUUAGUCAAUAUGCAUUUUUUGGUUGAAACGCGAUUAAAGGGACUUUUUACUACUAGUACUACUCGUUUAUUUAUGUGUUCUAAACACUAAACAAAUUGUUAACACUAAUAUUGACACCGUAAAAUGUACUCGUAGUAGUUGUCAUCAAUAUUAAAUGUCAAGUAUUAUCAUUCA